AUGGCCGUGGGGUGGCUCUGGGGCAGCCUCUGCUGCCUCCUGGCUGGGGUGGCCUGGGCCGCCAACUACCCGCCCCGCUACAGCCUCUACACCGGGGGGGCCGUGCCCCUGAGCCAGGGCCAGGGCCCGGCCCCCGCUGCCCAGGGGAGCCCGCAGGCACAGCCAGGCGCCCGGCCCGCCAGCCGGCACAGGAACUGGUGCGCCUACGUGGUGACGCGCACGGUGAGCUGCGUGGUGGAGGACGGCGUGGACACCUUCGUCAAACCCGACUACCAGCCCUGCGGAUGGGGGCAGCUCCAGUGCCCGCGCAUUGUGACGUACCGCAGUUACCUGCGGCCCCGCUACAAGGUGGCCUAUAAGACGGUGUCGGACAUGGAGUGGAAAUGCUGCCACGGCUACUCGGGUGACGACUGCCUGGAGGGGCCAGCCCAGGGCCCCCCUCUCACCACCACCCGCCCGCGCCCUAAGCCCAGCCGCCCCACGCUCUCCGGCUUUGGGAACCCCCUGAGCGGCCUGGGCGGAGAAGGCCGGGGAGAUGCGGAGAAGGUGAAGCAGCUGGAGGAGAAGGUGCAGACCCUGAGCAAGCAGCUGGAGGACCUGCAGGCCACCACGGAGAAGCUGCUGCAGGAGGGGAGCAAGGCGGUGGAGCUCUCGCUCAAUGGGAAGCAGCUGGCCGAUGCGGCCGCCCAGCCCGAGAUGAAGGAGACCCUCAACAAGAUCCAGAGGCAUCUGCAGCACCUGGACAACCGCAUCUCCAGCCACGACGCCGAGCUGACCAACCUGAGCAACGGGCAGGGGCCCGGGCAGGGGCCGGGGGCCCCGCAGGGAGGGGCGCUGCUCCUGCAGGAGGUGGAGCGGCGGGUGCAGGAGUCCUGCGCUGCCUGCCUGGCGGGCAGCGAGGGGCUGCGGCGGCAGCAGGCCGAGGACCGCGAGCGCAUGCGGGGCCUGGAGAAACUCAUCAGCUCUGUGGACCAGCGGAACCGGGAGGCGGUGGAGAGCAUCCAGCGGCACGUGAGCGGCCUGGCGGGGCGCCUGCCCACGGCCUGCUGCUCCCAGCUGGACGAGCUGCGCGGCAGGAUGGGUGACCUGGAGCGGAGGCUGGACAGCGUCUCUGGCUCCUUCACCAUGCUCAACGGGCGCCUGGACCACGAGCUGGCUGGUCUGGAGCCGGCGGGGGCGGGGCGGGGCCGGCUGGCGGAGGUGGAGAGGCGUCUGAACGCCACCCAGCGCAGCCUGGAGGAGCACUACGCCCAGCAGCAGCCCCACCUGCCCAGCCAGCUGGUGGGGGAGCUGAGCGGGCGGCUCAGCGGGGCCGAGGGGGAGCUCGCCAAUGUGGCCGGCCAGCUGAGCGGCUUCCAGGGCCACGUUCACCAGGCCCUGGCCAACCUGAGCCAGGACGUGGAGACGCUGAAGGACAGCGUGGCUCAGAGUGGGGCUGUGCUGAUGGAGCUGCAGGGCCAGGGCGUGGGGUGCAGCCAGCCCUGCCCCACGCCCCACGCCCCCUCUCUGGGCAGCCAGGACUCCCAGAUCAGCAACAUCCUCAGUGACCUGGAGCGCCGGGUGCAGGAUAACGAAGGGCAGCUGCGCACCCUGGGCUCCAACGUGCACCAGCUCGGCAGCUCCGGGGUCGGGCUGGCCGGCUCCGUGCGGGCCCUGCAGGCCGAGGGGAAGAAGCUGCGGGAGCUGGUGGGGGCGAACGGGGAGUCACUAGUGCGCCUGGUGGCUGAGAUCGGCAAGCUGGAGACCCAGCUGCUGGGCACGGGGGGCAGCGCCACCGACCCUACCGCCAAGGACCUGGCGCUCUUCUUCAACCGCACGGGGGCGCGGCUGGGCCAGCUGGAGGCCGAGCUGCGGGGGCUGAGUGGCGCGGUGCGGGCCGAGCAGCGCGGCUGCAGCCAGGCCUGUGCCGCCCUGCAGGACGAGGUGGGCCGGCUGCGCGGGGAGGUGGUGGCCUGCGCUUGCCCGCUGCUGCCCAGGAAGCCGGAGCAGGGCCGGGAGCCCGUGGAGGCCCACAAGCCCCUGGACGGCUUCAGCGUCUUCGGGGGCACGUCGGCCGUGGACCUGAAGUCGCUGCAGGGCGAGCUGUCCGAGGUGAUCCUGAGCUUCAGCUCCCUGAACGACACGCUGCGCGGGCUGCAGACCACCGUGGACAAGCACCAGACCGACCUCCACGAGCUGGGCUCCACCAAGGACCGCAUCAUCGCCGAGAUCAACAAGGUGCAGGCCGAGGCCACGGAGCGCGCGGCCGAGAGCGAGGAGCGGCUGGAGGGGGUGACGCGCCAGCUGCACCACCUGGGCGGCACGUUGCGGGGCGAGGCCGGGGAGUGCCGGCGCGCGGCCGGCGGCCUGGAGCAGCGGCUGGCCAAGCUGGAGGGCGUCUGCGAGCGGCUGGACGCCGUCUCCGGCAGCCUGCGCAAGGUCAAGGAGGGGCUGAGCAAGCACGUGACGGGGCUGUGGGGCUGCCUGCAGGAGGUGAACGGCACCCUGCGCACCCACGGCGCCCUGCUCGACAAGCUGCAGGACGCCCGCCUGGGCACCGUCCACCCCCGCCUGGGCGCCCUCAACGCCUCCCUGCUGCGCCUGCAGGGCGAGGUGCACAACCUCACACGCCAGGACCUGGCAGGCCCCCCCGGCCCACCUGGACCCGAAGGCCCCAUGGGAAGAUCGGGUCCCCCAGGGCCAGCAGGGCCUGCAGGCAAGGAUGGAGAACAAGGCCCCAUGGGACCCCCAGGGUUCCCUGGCGAGCAAGGCCCGGUGGGCAAGGCGGACGUGGGGCCCAGAAUCGCCUUCUCGGCCGCGCUGACGUCCCGGCACGAGGAGCCCGGAACCAUCCCCUUCGACAGGCUGCUGGUGAACGACGGGGACGCCUACGACCCCGACACCGGUAUCUUCACGGUGCCCGUGGCUGGGCGUUACUUCGUCAGCGCCGUGCUGACGGGGCACCGGAACGAGCAGCUCGAGGCCGUGCUGUCGCGCUCCAACCAGGGCAUCGCCCGCAGCGACUCGGGUGGCUACCAGCCCGAGGGCCUGGAGAACAAGCCCGUGGCCGAGAACCAGCCCAACCCCGGCUCCCUGGGCGUCUUCAACCUGCUGCUGCAGCUGGAGGCGGGCGAGCCGCUCUGCGUGGACCUGGUGACGGGCCGGCUGGCCUACUCCGCCGACGAGCCGCUCACCGUCUUCAGCGCGGUGCUGCUGUACCCGGGCGAGGGGGGCGAGGUCGGCUAG